CCCCCCCCCCCCCGCGGCCCCACUGACGGCGAACCAUGGAGACGCCAGCGAGCUUGAUGCACCAGUGCCCAUUGCUUCUGCCCCAAAACCGGGCGAAAACCGUGUAUGAAGGCUUCAUUACGGCACAGGGAAGAGAUUUCCACCUUAGAAUAUUGUUGCCUGAAGAUUUACAACUGAAGAAUGCAAGAUUACUAUGUAGUUGGCAGCUGAAAGCGAUACUUAGUGGCUACCAUCAAAUAGUACAACAGAGAAUGCAGCACUCUUCUGACCUAAUGAGCUUUAUGAUGGAGUUGAAGAUGGUUUUGGAAGUUGCUUUAAAGAAUAAACAAGAGCUACAUGUCUCACUUCCUCCUCCCCAGUUCUACUCAAGCCUUAUUGAAGAGAUAGGAACUCUUGGCUGGGAUAAACUUGUAUAUGCAGAUACCUGCUUCAGCACCAUCAAGUUAAAAGCUGAAGAUGCUUCUGGUAGAGAGCAUCUACUCACUCUCAAGUUGAAGACGAAGUACCCUGCAGAAUCACCAGAUUGUUUUGUGGAUUUUCCUGUUUCAUUUUCUGUUUCCUGGACACCAAAGAGCUCCAUUGUGAAUAUUCAUAGUCAGUUUUUGACAGCAUUGGAAUCACUAAAGACCUUCUGGGAUGUUAUGGAUGAAAUUGAUGAGAAGACUUGGGUACUUGAGCCAGAAAAACCUACACGGAGUGCAACAGCACGCAGAAUUGCAUUAGGGAAUAAUGCUUCAAUAAAUAUAGAUGUAGACCCCAGACAUCCUACCAUGCUUCCGGAGUGCUGCUUUCUUGGAGCUGACCAUGUGGUGAAACCCCUAGGAAUUAAGCUGAGCAGAAACAUACAUUUGUGGGAUCCAGAAAAUAGUCUGUUACAAAAUUUGAAAGAUGUUUUAGAAAUUGAUUUUCCAGCUCGUGCCAUCCUGGAAAAAUCUGAUUUUUCUAUGGAUUGUGGAAUUUGUUAUGCAUACCAGCUUGAUGGUGCCAUUCCUGAUCAAGUGUGUGAUAACUCCCAGUGUGGACAGCCUUUCCAUCAAAUAUGCUUAUACGAGUGGUUGAGAGGACUACUGACUAGUAGACAGAGUUUUAACAUCAUAUUUGGUGAAUGUCCAUAUUGUAGUAAGCCAAUUACCUUGAAAAUGUCUGGGAGAAAGCCCUGAAAUAAGAAUGUAACACUGAAGAACUGGAAACUUAAAAAAAAGGAUUUUGUUUGGUAUCUUCAGAGAAAAUAUAAAGCAAGAAAUACUACCACCAAAAGAAAAACAAUGGUGAAGCCAUAAUAAUACACAUCUGCCUUUGUCUCUUCACUAAGAGUAAACUGGGAAAUUGCACGCCACAGUCCUGUAGAACUUUCUAAGUCUGUGACUUCCAUAGCAGUCGUAGAAGUGCUUGUAUACCAAGAUGGACAUCUUGACUUGUUGAAUGUGUCUGGACUGGUAAAAUCAUGAUGGAGUUCAUAAAAUGAUUUUGGGAACUGUAUAUAGCUGGAUAUUUGUGGAGAACUUUUUACUUCAUUCAAAAACUCUUGAGACUUACAAUAUUUUUGUCUUCUCCUUGUGCUUUCCUAUGGGAAAAUACAUACAUAAUGUAUUAGAUUUGUUAUCUAAUUAUUUACUUUGUGUACUCUAUAAGAAUGCUAAAUAAA